AUGGCAUUUUAUUGGAAAGGGGAUCAAUUAUUCGCUAAACGUGCUGCCAUUAGUCAAGAAGAUCAAACGUGGACAACUUUUCUUAUGGAUAUGAGAGAUCAUGCGGAGGACUAUGACUAUAUUCUCUGGUUUAAAUACGACAUCGCCAGAAAGAAUGUUCCAUUUAAAAUCUGUAGACGUACGGAAAGUGCAAUUGGACAAGAAACAUCCAUAUUUCUUCGAGUAGCCAGUGGCCAUUUAGAUGUACGAGUAUCCAGAGCAUUUUCGGCAGAUAUGGAGCGUACAACAAAAAAGAAACCACCAAGUCAAACUGUUAUUCAGAUGAUAUUUACUGGAUAUGACGAACAAUAUUUUUCUGAAGAUAAAAACAAAAAAAUAUCUGGAAUAUUUAAAAAUUUGUUGCCAUUUCCUGAACAAGGUAGAAUUUUUAUUGGGUUUCCUACACAUCAGACGACUGGGUGUAGUUCUCACUUGGCGGCUCGUUUAAUUCCAACGGUUGAACGUGAAUCUAUUGACUUAAUCGACAAAACUCUUGCUGUUUAUAACAACGAAAUGUUAUGUGUUGCUGGAAUUUUGUCAAGAAUUUUGUAUGAAGAUGAAAUGAGUCAAAUAUCUAAAGUUUACAGAGAAAUUGUUGGUUCGAACGCAAAAACAGAUGAAGCUACAAAUUCGGCGCGUGAGUGGCUUGAAAAACGAGCUGCACAUGCACUUUCACACUUUACAUUUAAACCUAGCACUCCUAACCCUCAUGUUGGCCAAAUUAUUGAGUUUCAAUUUUUAAAUUGUGCUUCUCAGCUCUUGUCUAUUUUAUCAACUACUGGAGUUCAACCAAUUAACUUAGUACGAAUGCCUAACUCCGAAAUGGCAGCUUUCAUCAAAACUAUUCCCAUAGUUCCUAAAAUUAUCAUGGAACAAUGUGAUGUAUUUAUCAAAAAAGCAAGAAAUAAGAUGAAUAUCAUUAAAGACAUUUCAUUAGGCGAUGUCUUUAAUGAAUUACAAAGCCGUACUCUCUCCCAAGAGGACACUGUUGCACUAAUGAAGUGGUGGAUAGGUUAUCGAUCUAAAGAAAGUCGAGUUUCUGAAUCGGAUGUUCAGCAGUUAUUAAAACUUGCCGUAGUUUGUAUUAACGACAAUGUGAUACCAUUAAAUAAAAUUCAGUACUGGUUAAAUCCUUCUGUAGUUCCGCCAGAUUAUGAGGUUCCAUCUAAUGUAUUGCCUUAUUCAAUAAAGCUUUCACUUGCUACCUGGACACAAUACAUUGCAUCCAAACCCCAACUGGAAAAUGAUCCCGACUUUGCGGAAAAAGUUCUGGGAAUAAUUGCAAGAAGUUUUCAGAAAUGUUCAUCAAACGACCAGAAUAUGAUCAAACAGUUUCUUAUUGAAAAAAAAUGUAUUCCUACAAAACACGGAUUAAAAAUACCAGACGAUGCAUAUUUCCCAAACGUGGACCUUUUCCCGGAUUUACCGAUUAUUAACUUCCAAAAUGUUAAAGUUGUUGAAAAAUUAUUACAAAAAUUGGGUGUUCGGAAACAUGUUGAAUUGCAACUCAUUUUCGAUCGUCUAGUUAGUCAAGGAAAUUGGGAUCAUAUGCAACUUGUCAAGUAUCUUGCUUCAGUAUCUAAUAACCUUAAAGAAAUUGAGUUGAAAAGGCUAAAGGUUACUGCAAUUUGGCCAAAAGAACAAAACGCGAAAACUGAACCUUCGUUAGCAAAGGCAGAUAACGAUGAUAUUAAAGCUAAACCGAGGAUUCAUAGGUUUAUGGCAAGUGAUUUAUAUGCACCAUCAGCGGAAAUGAGAGAAUUCGGGUUGCCUCUAAUCGAAUGGAAUGGUAAAUGGCGAAAAAACUCUGAAGAAGAAUAUCCACCUCUUAACAUUAUUCUCCAACUUGCUGAUGUCUCCAAUUCAGAUGCAGCAUUAAGAAGCAAGGCUUUAAAAUAUUUCAUGGAUAAUUUUAAAGAUAAAUACUCUUCUAUGUAUAAAGCUGAGGAAGUAAAAGUGUCAUUUUUGCCAUGUUCCGACCCCAAGAUAUAUGCGACACCAAUGGCUGAUGAAUUGGGUAUUCGACAUCAUCCAAAUCGUGAGCAACUAUUGAACAGAUUAAUUCAAAAUCCACCUGAAAACGAGCAAAGGGCUAAAGAGAUUUUUGGUUAUUUGGCAUCUCGUUUGGGCGAUUUUAAUCAAACAGAUUGGUCCUCGCUUAGAGAUCUUAAUUUUAUUCCGAUCAGAGACAAGACCCAAACUAGCUUGAUAAAAUAUGUCACACCGAGAGAUUGUUUUUUCAAGGGCCAUGAUGAAGCCUAUGCUGAAUUCUUUUCUUAUGUAGAUUUUGGCGAAAAAGGAAAUAAAUUUUUGCUUGGUUGUGGUGUUAAAACUGAACCAUCUCCGACCGAAUUUGCAGAAUUCCUAGUGAAGUCUUCGCAUGAAUUUUGGAAUUCUGUCGGCGAUAAUGUGGAGAAAUAUCUCACUGUCCUCCGUAAUAUUGCAGUCAAUUUCAGUUCUAUUUCUAGAAAUAAAUCGUUAUUUGCCGAUAUGAGUCGCGCCCCUAUACUGAUUGGCAUAAAAAGGAAUGAGAUCGAAGCAGACAAAGAAAAUUUUGAUAGUAAAGGCCAGAAUAUUGAUCAUUAUAUCUUGGCUCCUGCAAAAGAUAUUUUUAUAAAUGAUGAUACAAAUUUUCAGCAUAUGUUAGGAAGUCGUUCGUUGUCUGCAAGUGUUAGGGCAAGUAUACAAGUAAAAGGCAGUCCAACAACUUCUACAGGUUCUGCAAGACUGCAAAAAACAAUUAGAGAAAGAGCACAAUUAUUCUACCAUGACAUUCAUCGACAUGAUGUCAAGCAGUCGGUUGAUUGGGUUCAAAAGCUAAAAGUAAUGGAGACCAGUCAGAUUGAGGCUACCUAUGAGCUUAUAACAAAUAAUCAAAUAAAAGUUGAGCCAUUAUAUUCAUGUAUUUAUAAAGAUACGCGAGUUAAUAAUUCGUGGACUUUAUAUGUUACUCCUGGGGAACCGGAUUAUCUCGACAUUGCAUCGAACCUUGGAAGACACAUUUUCAAGAAAUGCAAAUGGAAAGAUAUCUCUCAUUUAGCGAUGUUGCUGACCACACCCUUAGAUAGUUUAAAGCGUAAAGGAUAUCCAGUUGACCGUAUCAUGUUAAGUUAUAAAAAGCCGAUACGCGUUGCCGAGAAAUACGAGACUCAAAAAGCUCCUAUAGCUCCCGAAGUCCAACCGCAAGUUAUGUCUAAUCCGAGUCAGAAUGUUUCUCCUAUAAAACUUGCACCAGAAAUCGAAGAGUAUGCUGUUCAGUUGCAGGAAAUGUUUCCAAAAUGCGAUCCAAAUUAUAUUCGUCAAUGUUUGGCUCAAGAAAAGACUGACCAUUUACAGAAAGUUGCUAACAAAUUGGUGGAAGCGAAUUAUCCAGAAAUUGAACCUACACCACCUAACGGACCUACACCACAACCUAACGGGCCUACAUCCCAACCUAACGGAAUUUCCAGCCACGAGGAUGAUAGUAUUCUUAAGUCUUUGUCUGAUCUUCUUCCAACAAGUUCUACGUCGACUAGUAGUGAAUCACCAAAACCAACAUCAAUUCAGAAGCAACCACAAAAAAUACAGCCUACACAAUCUAGUAAGGUUACACCACAAUCUACCCAGCAUCUUCGUAACGCGCUAAAAGACGCUAUUAAGUCUUGUCGUCCUAAUUCGGGAGCUUCAGUGAAUAAUCAAGGGGGAAUUAAUGUUGUUACUGAGAGUCAAACAAGUUAUUGUGACGUGUUACCAGAUCGAAUCAAGUAG